AUGAGCGGCCGCCUUGCAAUACUCAUCAAACCCGCUUACGUCCCUCCGCACCAAGUCCGCAUUGUUGCUCGGGGAGAUCAGUUCUCUCAGGCGGAGGCCGAUGAUUCGUGGGAGCCGGCCAAGUACCUUACGACGAAGCCUCGGCCGAUCAUCCUGCUGUGGAAAGUCUCAACGCUUGUACUUACCAUUCUCGCUCUAUAG